AUGGAACAACCAGUGUCUAAUCGAGCAAUAAGUUCAUCUGAUUCCUAUGUUGAUAUGGAUGAAGAAGAAGAAGAAGAAGAGGAAGAUUACAUAGCAUCUCCAUCCACAAUUAAAGAAAUUAUUGUACAAUUAAUUAACAGUGAAUCUACCUCAUUAUCAUCCAGUGAAAUCAAUGAAUUAUACCUAGAUUUAGAAAAUGAAUUAGAGAGUUUAAGAUUAACACAAUUGAAUAUUGACGAAUUUGAACUCGAUAGUUUAGAGAUAAGUUUAAAACAUUUAAUAAACAUACUCGAUAAAUCAACGACGAUGCAUUCAAGAUAUUUUUCAUGUCUAACUCAAUUGCUAUUUACAAUUCAUGAUUUGAUUAAAAAGAAGUUAAACAACGAUAAUUCAUAUAAACAACAUUGUUUUGAAGUUUGUUUUAAUAUUUAUCUUAGUCAUUCGAUGCUCAACUAUCUUCGUGGAGAAGAAUUAACAACCGAUAAAAUUGCCAUUUGUCAGUUAUUAUGGGAAACGUUGACAGAUUUAUUUUGUCUUCCAUCCACAAUAAAAUUGCCAUUUCAAGGGAACAUAUUGAGUGACUAUGAGUCGGUUCUCAAAGCAUUUCUUAUCUAUAUUGAUAGAUAUUCAACUAGAAAAGAGAAACUUGUACAUAUAUUGCUAAAACUUAUAGGGAAUCUAUCUGAUAAAACAGUUUGUAUUCCAUCUUUUAUUAAUUGUGAUUAUGUUCCACACGUUUUAAAAUGGUUUCAAAAUCCAGCUGUAUCGUAUCAACAUCGUCGAAUUAUCAUAAGUCUCAUACAUAAUUUAUGUAGACAUGAAUGUGGAAUUAAUGAAAUGAAUAAACAUAAUGCUGUACAAAUUCUUAAAGAUUUUAAAUUGAAUAAUAUCGAUUCAUCAUCAAAAUCGUUCAACAAACGUUUUAUGACUGUUUAUUAUAUGUCAUUAGCAUUGCUAUUAGAACCAAUUCAGAUUAAGACAGAUAUUAUCAGUAUUGAUCAAGUUGUUGAUCAUUUGUUGUUAAUAGCUGAAAAUGCUUUUGUAUCAGACGACUACUAUUGGGAUGGAUUUCACAUAUCUGAAUCAUUGAUUGUCCUUGUGAAAUUGUUCGUUAAUGAUACUGUUGCUGACUAUGUUCUACAAAGAAAACAGAAACUUAAGUUUUUUAAAAAUUGUUUUUUACAAUUCUCAUCAUUAGAUGAGAAUUUUUUGAAAAAUGAUUUAAAUCGUUUGGCUCGUGUAUCAAUAGUCAAUAUUCUAUGGAGUAUAUCAUUUCAUGAUGAAUGGAAAACAAAAUUACAAAAUGAUGAAGAAUUUUUAUCAAUAUUGAACAAUUUAAUCAAACAUUUGAGUGAAGAAAAAGAUGAUUUACUGUUGGUGCAGUUUGAACGAAAAUACUUGUCAACGGUUACACAAGCACUGAAAGGUAUCAUGUUUAAUUUAGAAGAUGGAUCAGUAAGAGAAGAAGAAAAUAGUAUCGUCCAAACUACUCAGCCGCUACCAAGUGCAGUGGCAGCACCGGCACCUCAUCAUUUAUCCGUAAUGAUCAGUUAUUCACAUUCCGAUGUUGACUUUGUUAAAACCUUGGUUGAUGCUUUAAAACCAUAUGAAUCAUUAUUCAACGUGUGGAUAGACUAUGAGAACUGCAAGUCUGAAGAUUUAUGGGAAGAAAUCGCAUUAAGUAUCGAACAAGCAUCGGUUGUAUUACUAAUAGUAACUCAAAGUUAUUUUGAUAGUAAAUCGUGUAGACGAGAAGUGACGUAUGCGAUUGACAGAAAACAAAAACGAAUUCUGCCGAUUUAUGUUGGAAGUGAGUACGUAGCAUCUGGAUGGUUAGGUAUACGAAUUGAAGGACCACAAUAUGUGAGAUUUGGCAAGAAAUCGUUUGAAGAGACUAUUGAACAGUUGACUAAUAUGAUUGUAGUCGAGACACAACCUAAAACUGAACCAGUACACUACGAAACGCCUGAAAGAAAUUCCGUGCAUGUUGAAUCAAACAUUGCAGAGCAUGUCGAACUAGCUCAAAAAUCGAUAGAGAAUACGUCUGUUGCAUUAUGGUCUGCAGAUGAUAUCGUUCAAUGGGCUAGAAUUGAAAAUAUUUCAUUAGAACUUAUCAUGUUGCUUAAUUUUCGAACUGGAAAAGUUCUAAUGAAAUAUGGAAAACUGGUUCUGAAAAACGAAAACGACGAAUAUAUUGUUGUUAGUCAACGGUUUCAACAAAAAUAUAAUAAAACAUUGUACAGAGAAGAGUUUGCGCAAUUUUUAUGCGCUAUUGAAAAUCUAAUUCGUAACCAGCAACAUCAAGGAAACAUACAACCGUUACGUCCAGUAUCCUUCACGAAUUGUCUGUUGAUGUAA